AUGUCCGACAACAGCGACGGGUUAGCCCCACGGCCCAGCCUACCACUCCUCAUCUACAUCCUCCGUGUCCCUCUUCUCCCCGCCAUCGCAGCAAAGCACCUGAUUGCUUUUAUCUACUCGCUUGCCCUUUCUAUGGGGCGAAUGGUGCGCGGUAAAGCCGAUUACAGGCGGUAUCGAGCUGCUUCACCAGAGAAGCAUUUAUCCACCGUUCAGAUUGAAGAGACAUCAUGUCUCAUCUGCCAGGAGACCAUCGGUACCCGAAAUGCGGAGGGCCUUAAAGAGGGCUUCAGCAUGUUGCCGUGCGGCCAUCGCUUCGGAAGCCGCUGCAUCAAGCGCUACCUCGCCAUCACAGCCGACGAGCAGCCGUUAUGCCCCAUCUGCCGACAUGUAUCGUACCACGAUGCAUGCGGUCACCCCGUGCUACCAUUCCUACUCAAUCGCGACGGCACACACCCCGAUCUCAUCGCAGACAAGGACGGAAAGCUACGUCCACCGAAAACCAGUGGGGAGGAAUUGAUGACGACACCUUGCGAGUACUGCCUGCUGCCGGACGAGGAAAAGAACAAGCCAGAGAAAAAGCGCCCGGGGCGCCUGGAAACCGUGGGGGUGCCCUUCCGCUGGCUGCGUGCCUUGCUGCCCCUCUCACGCAAGAAGAACGUCCCCGACCAGCCAAGAACGAACCAGGAGAACACUACCGGCCAAAACCACCGCCUGUCUCGCCAGGAGGCGCGGAACAGAAGGAGGACCCCGGCCAGCACCGGAGUCUGGGAAGAACUCACUGCGGCGCUAAACUCGCUCGAAAAGAUCGCGUGGAUGCGCCUUGACGAUGAAACAGUCCGCUUCACUGUGAUCCCCGAUACCGGGUCCCAAGUAUGGGCUUCCCUCUCGGUCGACCUUAUCUUUGACAACUACAGCAUCCAAUCCGCCGAAGCAAACAACACCAUCAACCUCGAACUGCCCCUCGGCCCCCUCCAACGCGCCCUCAAAUCCGCCGUCGGCAGCAGCUAUGCCAACCUACGCCUCACCAAGCGGGACGGGGUCCCCAUGUUAUCCAUGACCAUCCACACCAUGACCAAGGACGGCGCCCAAGACGCUCGCGGUGGCGGCAACGGAGGUGGCUUCCCAAGCACAGCAGCCGCAGCAGCAACAGGGCGGCACGACGCGGACCCCUUCAGCGACCCAGACCUCUUCGCACAGGAGUCCCUCGAGCUGACCAUGAAGCGCGAGCGCGAGAAGAUCAUCACGCAGGACAUACCCGUACGAGUCCUACACCCGGACACGGUCGAGACCAUCAUGCAGCCCAAGGUGCGCGAGCCCGACGUGCACAUCCAGCUGCCGCCGCUCCUCCAACUCAAAGCCAUCUCGGACCGCUUCACCAAGCUGGCCCUCACCGCCUCCUCCACCUCCGCCGCACGGAGCGGCGGCAACCAAAACCCCAAACUCACCCUCUCCGCCAACAUGCACGGCGCGCUGCGCCUGCGCCUGGCCACCGAGACGCUGGACAUCACGUCCGUGUGGAAGGGUCUGGAGAACCCGGAGCUGGACCCGGCGCAGCUGGCGAUGCCGCUGGCGGAGCACCCGUCGACGAGGUUUCGCGAGGCGGGGCCCGAGGCGUGGGCUACCGUGCGCGUGGACGGCAAGGACUGGAGUCGGGUGUUGAGUGUGGGUCGGCUGGAAGGGAGGGUGAUUGCGUGUUUUGCGGAUGAUCAUGCGUUGAUAUUGUAUGUUUAUGUGCCACAUGUGGAUGAUGUGGGGGCGGAGGAUGUGGUGACGUAUUAUGUGUCGAGUUAUAGCGCUUGA